AUAACCUCAAAGUAGCUCAGUUUCUGUGACGUGUUCCGGGAAAACAAUGCGAUUCAUCUGAGAAGAGGCAGCAAAAAGGUACCCCAAAAAGCAAUUAAAAAUGGGAAAAGUGAGACAAAAUGCAAGUCAGGGUGGAAAAUCAAAUAAAGUGAUGCAAUUUUUGCGAAAAUAUGCCACAAUUACCUUUGCAAAGUCCCUCCUUUUCGAACCAUCCCGGCUGCCGGUUGUUACGUGGGCGAUUUUGCUGGCAGAACUCCUCCUGAAUGUAGCUGUUGUUCUCCGGGUGCCUUACACGGAGAUUGAUUGGGUGGCAUACAUGCAGGAAUGUGAGGGAUUCCUCAAUGGUACCCUCAACUAUGCUAUGCUUCGAGGUGAAACGGGACCUCUGGUGUACCCAGCUGGCUUUGUGUACAUCUACAGUGUGCUGUACUUCCUCACCAACUAUGGGAAGAACAUCCAAUUGGCUCAGUACAUUUUCAUUGGGAUCUAUUUGAUGCAGAUGUUCUUGGUGCUGAGGAUUUACUCGAAAUCCCAAAAAGUUCCACCAUAUGUGCUCCUUAUCACCACAUUCACAUCCUACAGGAUCCAUUCAAUUUAUGUUUUGAGGCUCUUCAAUGAUCCCGUGGCAAUUAUCUUCUUCUAUGCUGCACUUAAUUGCUUCCUGGACAACAAUUGGAACUUGGGGAGCAUCUUUCUGAGUUUAGGAGUCUCUGUGAAGAUGAAUAUUCUACUGUUUGCUCCAGCAAUACUCCUGUUUUACAUCACAAACUUAGGCUAUGUGAAGACAAUGCUUCAGUUGGCUAUUUGUGCGGGAGUUCAGUUGCUUUUGGGAGCUCCAUUCCUCCUGACUUAUCCGCUGGAAUACAUCAAGGGUAGCUUUGAUCUCGGCAGGGUAUUUGAGCACAAAUGGACGGUGAACUAUCGCUUUCUAUCAGAGGAAGUCUUCAUUAAUAGAAAUUUUCACAUUGGACUUCUCCUGGGGCAUGCAAUAUUCCUCCUCGUGCUUUCCCGGCCGGCUUUUCUCUACUUUCAGAAUUACUGUCGCCUCCGGCAGCUUCAGCUUCAGCUACAGCCACAGAUUGAUGCCAAAAAUGCCGAAGUGGAGUCUCAGAAGCGUCAAAAGCAGCGACGCAGGAAACAAGUUCAGGCUGGAGGUCAAGAGAAUGAAGAGAAGCUCUCUCCGGAUCAGGAGAAAUUCCUCAGUGCUUUCGAGAAGGGUCUCAAGAUGAACAGUACGGGACCACCGCCAGUUGUGGAAGAGCCCAGUGAAGAGAAAUAUUCAAUUCAUUUUGAUCGAUGCACCCAGCUGGCCAUCCUUCCCAUCUUUCUCUGUAACUUCAUUGGCAUCGUCUUCUCUCGGAGCCUUCACUAUCAAUUCUACGUUUGGUACUUUCACUCCUUGCCCUACUUGGUGUGGUGCACAGACUUCCGGACGAGCGUAAAAUUCCUCCUUCUGGCUGUUAUUGAAUUCACCUGGAACACCUAUCCAAGUACAAAUUUCUCCAGCCUUCUCCUGCACAUGUGUCACGUUGCCAUUCUCAGUGGAAUCUCCCGGAAACUCCUCACAAAACACUGACCAAUAAACUUUUGCAAUCACAUAUCAAA